AUGGCCCCGGCCCGCUUAAAGGCGGCGGCGGCCGCGCCGCGGGCAGAGCUAGGAGUCCGUCGUGGCCGCCGCCGGCCCGGAGCCGGCGCGAAGAUGCCCCGGGGCUUCCUGGUGAAGCGCAGCCGGCGGCCCACUCCCGUGUCGUACCGGGCGCGUGCUGCCGCCUGCCCCGCCGCUCCGCCGCCCCUGCCGCGGGACUCGCCGCCGCCGGUGCCGUUCGGGACGCCCGAUGCAGCCGUGCAGGCGCUGUACAGCCCCACGAGGCCCGUCAGCAGGGACAAGUACCUGGAGCGCGGCUUCAGCCUGGGCUCGCCCGUCUCGGCCGAGUCCUUCCCCGCGCCGGCCGUGCCCGGCACCAUGGACCCGAUCCUCUUCGCCCCGGCUGACCUCAAGCUCUGGGCAGCUGCUGGCCACGCCGAGCCGCCCGCCGCCCACCCCGGCCCCGGUGGAGUCCCCGCGCCGCCCGCCCCGGCCGCGCCGCCUGCCUCGGGCCGCCCGCUGCCCGCCAAGCGCCCGCCGGGUGCCUCCGAGCCUGGGCGGCAGAAGGCCCCGUCGGGCAAGAAGACGAAGGCGAUCCGCAAGCUGACCUUCGAGGACGAAGUGACCACCUCGCCCGUGCUGGGGCUGCGCAUCAAGGAGGGCCCGGUGGAGGUGCCGGCCAAGGCACGGGGCGGCUGCGCCCGUCCGCUGGGCGAGUUCAUCUGCCAGCUCUGCAAGGAGGAGUACGGGGACCCCUUCGCGCUGGCGCAGCACCGCUGCUCCCGCAUCGUCCGGGUGGAGUACCGCUGCCCCGAGUGCGACAAGGUCUUCUCCUGCCCCGCCAACCUCGCCUCCCACCGCCGCUGGCACAAACCGCGUCCGCCCGCCACCAAGAGCGGCCCCGAGGCGGGCCGGGCACCGGCCGCGGGCCCGGGCCCGGCCCCGGCGGAGGAGACACCGAAGGAGGCGAGCGGUGGCAGUGGCAGCGAGCGGGACACGCCGAGCCCUGGCGGAGCCUCGGAGGCGGGCUCCGAGGAGGGGCUCUUCGAGUGUCCCCGCUGCGCCAAGCGGUUCCGCCGGCAAGCCUACCUGCGCAAGCACCUGUUGGGGCACGCUACACCGGCAUCCACGCCAGCCCCGGUACCCGCACCGGCCCCGGAGCCCAGCGCCGAGGAGCUGCCUGCCGCCGAGUGCCGCCUCUGCCCCGUCUGCGGGGAGACCUUCCCCAGCAAGAGCAGCCAGGAGCGGCACCUGCGCCUCCUGCACGCCGCCCAGGUCUUCCCCUGCAAGUACUGCCCGGCCACCUUCUACAGCUCUCCCGGCCUCACCCGGCACAUCAACAAGUGCCACCCCUCGGAGAACCGGCAGGUCAUCCUGCUCCAGGUGCCGCUGCGCCCUGCCUGCUGA